AGUAUAUCCAGUAGACCCUAGACUGCUUUUCUUGAGCUUUACUUCAAGCCCCGGGUACACCCAAUUCAGUACAUCCGAAAUAUCUGUCCUCGAGUUCGGUGAUUAUACAACACUUCUUGAUGAUGGAUAGUUUCUUUUGUUCUAAUAGCCAAUAUCUUGUCAGCCAUAUCCCUGAAAAAAAUAAGUUUGACACGCCUGUUGACGAUCUAAAAGACACAACUCUAACAGGACUCUCCGAAAACGCGCUUUCAGCUCGACUAGAUCAAAUAAAUCAGUUUUUAUUGCAUAAAGCAUUGAGUUCUGGACUGAACCUUAUCCAUGAACUACAUUCAAGCGAAAGCGUAUUGCGCUCAACUCCGUCUUGCGGAUCAAAUUGAUCCGGAUGAGCUUGUUGAAAGUAUGAUGGAUCAAUUAAUUUGUAUAUCCUGGGAAUCUCAAGAUACUCGUUAUCAAACGACCCGUUUAUCAGCUGCUUAUGUAGAACUCUUUGGCAAAGGACUGGAAAAGAUGACAAGAGCAAGAGAUUGGAUGCUUUUCAUACCUUUUUUGGCUAAUUAUUAUGUAAAAACGAUGCAAUGGAUAGAAACUGUCCUUGUUGAAAAGUCUAUUCCCGAAUGGAAUCAGAUUAUCUUGCUCUUUACACACAAUUGCUUGGAUUUUAUUCAGUUCUUGAACACAAAAACAGUCUCUGAAAGUUUGGUAGAUUUUCCAUAUGAUAGUCAUGAUAUAGGGAAAGAAUCUGGUGAUGUAAAACGACGUUAUCUUGCUUUUUACUUAAUCCAUCUUGUCUGUGAGAAAAUAAUGGCUCAUCUUGAUAUGGGGCUAUCAAAAGCUUAUUUUGAUAAAUGCCAUGUUGCUUAUAAUACGUCCAACCUGAUGGCACAUCAGCCCAAGAAGUCAAACAAUCAAGAAGACUAUCUUUUGUUUAGUAUCAUUCAACGUUGCACCAAAUUUGUCGUUGAUACAGGGCUCUCAUUUGAAAAAUUGCAUCAGCUUCGAGCAAGUCUAAAGAGUAUUGAAGUCAAUGACAAAUCUGAAGAGGACAUAAUGAUGGAAAAUGAUCGACAAAUGAUUAAUGCAAGAUUAUAUUCACUUGGUUCUAAUGGCAUUGCCGUUCUAUUUAGUCUGUCGCUCUAUGAUGAACUGAUUGCUUCAAAGAAGUAUGGCCUGCUUCCUAAUAAUCUAAACGCUUUCUCUGUAUCAAAGACAUACAUUGGCAUGCUAUUAAACCUUGUCUUCAGGCCUUCUGACUUGAUUUGUCAGACAGAUAAAGGUAUUUUUGUCAUGCUUUAUUUAGCUGACCAUAUCAAGCCAACGUUAACUAUGGACGAUUUGGACAAAGAUAUCCAAGGACCUUCAGGUGAAAUUCCUGUCGCUCAAAUCAUCCAAGUACUGUCUUCUGUUGCAUCUACAUGUCCCGAUAAAUCGAUUCGAUUUUGUUCUUAUAAACUCAUUGAAAAGUUCCUCAAGUUUUGUACGGAUGAACCUCGGUUCUUACUUUUAGCUGAAUUAAUUGAACGAUGCCCAUUUCCUUCCAUGAAUACAGCAGCUAUCGGUCUAUUAAAAGACCAGGUUUCUAGUUCAUUUCAAGAAAAGACGUUUUCCAUGUUUGCUAGUCCACUCAUCCUAUCUCGAUUCUUUCCUAUCAUUUUCAAAUUUAAAUCAGAUUGGAAAAUGAAUGGAAAUGUAUUUUGGGAUGAUUAUAAUCAUGUUAUGCAAGCAUUGAAUUUUUACUAUUUUUUGCUGAAUCUUGAUCGGCGCUUAAAUGUGACAACUGUAUGGAACCAAGAUCAAAGAGGUUAUAUCAAGAAAGAUUAUCUAAAUCCACUUGAAAGUUUACUGAACACAAUAUCGACAGAGGUAUACAUGAAUAUGACUUACGAAAGCUAAUGGUUUUCCAGGAUCUUCAAAGAAUACAAGUCGAUACCAUGAUGCAUAUUAUUGAUAAAAUUAAGAAUAUUAUGUAAUCAAGAGUAAACAAAUAAAAAAAAGCGUUUCUUUUUCG